AUGCAACCAGCACGGAGGGUUGUGACCUCCACCGUAAGGUUAAGGGCCCGUGGUGGUGUGUCCGGUGUGUUCACCUGCCGGGGAUGUCUCACUCGGCCCCGUCUCCCGCUACCCGCAUCUGCACCCCAGCAACGCCGUGGCCUGUCCGGGUCUGCCCCCCGCAAUGCCGCUCCGCCCGGCCUCUAUCCCGCCGGCAUAGCUGAAUUGUCCUCCCGGAAACUCAUCUCCGUCUCCGGCCCGGACGCCGCCAAGUACCUCCAAGGCGUCAUCACCGCCAACCUCACCCCAGGUUAUGCCGGUCCCAACCCCACCAGCGAGCACCUGCGCUCCGACGCGGGCUUCUACGCCGCCUUCCUGACCGCCCAGGGCCGCAUCCUGCACGACGUCUUCAUCUACCGCGACGUGCGCGACACCACCCACCCGGCCGGCCACAGCUGGCUGGUCGAGGUCGACGCCGCCGAGGCCGACCGCCUGCAGAAGCACAUCAAGCGCUACAAGCUGCGCGCCAAGUUCGACGUGCGCCUGCUGAACGAAGGGGAAGGGCGCGUCUGGCACGCCUGGGACGACGCCAACCCCUCCUCCCUCACCACCACCCAACCAUCCUUCCCCAGCUCCUCCCCAACAAUAAUCACCACCCCGGACCACCGCGCCCCCAACCUAGGCCACCGCCUCCUCACCUUCUCCACCCCUACCCCCAGCUUACCACUCCCCACCCUCCCCGAAACCGCCUACCGCCUCCGGCGCUACCGGCACGGCAUCGCCGAGGGCCAGGCCGAGCUCCUCUACAACACGGCGCUGCCGCACGAGAGCAACCUGGACGCGACGGGGGCCGUCGACUUCCGCAAGGGCUGCUACGUGGGGCAGGAGCUGACCAUCCGCACGGAGCACCGCGGCGUGGUGCGCAAGCGCGUGCUCCCGUGCGUGCUUUAUCCUGAUGGGCAAGCUGAAGGGGGUGGGGUGGUGGUGGUGCCGGGGGAGGUGGGGUUUCGGUCGGAUGUGGGUGCGGAGGGGGUGACGGCGGAGAUGGUGCCUGCGGAGGCGAGUAUCGGGCGGGUGGGUAAGAAGGGGCGGAGCGCGGGGAAGUGGUUGAGCGGGGUGGGGAAUCUGGGGCUGGCGCUGUGUCGGUUGGAGAUCAUGACGGAUGUGGUGCUGCCGGGGGAGACGGGCGGGACGGGGUUUGUGGAGGGGGAUGAGUUUGUGGUUGGGUUGGGGGGCGGCAGUGGGGAGGAGGGCGGCGAGGGGAAGAAGGUGAGGAUCAAGGCGUUUGUGCCGGACUGGCUGAGGACCGCGUUGGCGAGUAAAGAGGGGCAUUAG